GCCAGCGAUCGGAAGGGCGAACUUAUUUUUGUACCCCACGGUACAGAUCAGUACGGGCGCACGGGCAAGCGGUGAACCAGCGGCAGCCGUGGCUCUGCGUUUUUUAGCCUUUGAAACGAGCAGGUUGACAGAUACAGACGGCAGCGAUCGGCUUUUCCACCUAACGUCACAUCGACGGGCAUGUUUUUGACCGGAAAUAGCGCGCGGAGUUUGAUGGUGGGGGUGGGGCGAGCGCCCGGGUUUGCCAGCUCGCUAGUCCGAUGCGGUGGUGCGCACAACGCUUGGCUCACACCGAAAGAAGCUAACUUACGGUCAUUGGCCACCGUCGCGGAGAGGCGAAGGGGUGGCAGCCGUGGACGGGGUGAUGGACAUGCCGGGAGAGGCUCCGUCGCGCAGGCGAAACGCGCGGGGCGCCCACAGCAUAGGAACGCCGAUGCUCCUCGGUUCCAGCCUUUCGGGCGCGCGGGUGGAGAGGGGUCCAAGGUCGCCGAGAGACUCUACGAAGAUUUUGGCAUAAACAACCUGAAGAAGUACUCCCCGGAGGCGACGGACGAGCGGAAGAGAGUCCUUACAUGGCUCGAAGGGAAAGUCAGGAUGAGCUCCCGGGCUAUCGCGGAUAUGGUGGAGCAAGAGCCGCGCAUUGCGGAGCAAGAGACCGGCGCGAUAUCCGCCAGGCUGGCGUGGCUGAAAGAGAGACUGCGGCUCAGCGACGAGCAGAUCAGGAGUCUGGUGCACAGGAGGCCUUCCGUACUGUGCCGGAGCGUUGACGAUAGCAUGGAACCCAAGGUUCAAUGGCUCCAAGAGAAACUAGGCCUGAGUGCGGACGAGGUGGCGACAAUGGUUUCCUCCGCACCAAACGUCCUAACCAUCAGCAUCGAAGGCAGCAUGGCACCCAAGCUAGACUGGCUCUCCCGGCGGCUGAUGCUCUCCAACGAAGAGCUGGCUGCGGUAGUGACCACGUGUCCUCAAGUGUUGACCAGUAGCAUCGAGGGCGCGCUCGAGCCAAGGCUAAGGUGGCUCCACACAAACCUGCAGAUCGGCGGGUCUGUCCUUCGGGAGAGGGUGCUAAGCUAUCCCUGGCUGCUGAACCUCAGUGAGAAGGACAAAUUGGUGCCGACGUUCGACUUCCUGAAGACGGAACUCCUCCUCGACGAGGCCGAAAUCAGGAAGACCCUCUUUCGAAACCCGCGCAUGUUCCUGACUCCGAUGAGGCAAACGUUCGACUCAACGAAGAAGUGGCUUUGUACAAGCGUAGGGCUGGGGGAGGAGGAGGCGGUGAAGGUGCUGACAAAGGAUGCGCGACUGCUGCUGCGUAGCACGGAAGUUCUGGACGCCAAGGUGGCCUUUUUUUGCCAAGAGAUGGGUGCCACCCUCGAGGACGUUCGGGCCGUGCUAAUGACGAGCCCAAACUUCUUGCUCAUAAGCAUAGACCUCAUGCUGGCGCCACGGGUGGCGACAUUGAAAGAUGCCGGGGUAAAAGUUUCGUUUUCGGCGCAUUGGAAUGACCUCGCGUUCGGCCCUCGAGGAGAGGCGUUUGAUUUCUGGGUGAGAAGGCAAGCUAGCAGGUGACGGAGAUAGAACAGAGCGUGGAUGUUGUUACGAAACCAGCACCAAAUAAAUAGUCGUUUUUGCUCUUCCCGUGCAUGCGAAAGCUGCCGUGAGACCCUCGAGGAGACCUACCGGAGAAGUCAAGCAGUGUACGAAUUGGGCACAUCACGUAGAUUUGAAACAAGUAAAUAAAGCCGUUCACAGGUUG